CAUAAAUCCUAUCCCUGCUGUUCUGAUGAGUGUACUUCCAGCAAAUGUAUAAGGCCCAUGGUUAAAGGGACAACACUCUAAGCACCAUAACUACUAAAUGCUGUUAUAGUAGUUAUGGUGCUAUUAGAUUGUGGGCACUGUCCCCUUACUCCAGGUCAAUUUGAAAACAGUUUGAACAAAACUGGGGCUUCUAUAUCAUUUGUGGAAGUGGAUGUCAAUAACAUUCAUCAGAUAAAUAAAGACAACGCAAUUAUUAUCAUACCAAUUAAAAGAGAGAAUAUUUGGGGGGCGGGGCCCGACCGCCAUGCUGACCGGUAGUGGGCUGGAGAGGCUCCUGCAAGAAUUGGCCUAAUUUGGGAGAAAAUACCAAGCUUAAAGCCUGACUCAAAGCCAAGAGGCCCCCUCUGACCCUCCGAGCCCGUCUGGCAAUGCGCACCCCACGCCGGGGCACCAAAAUGGCGGGGACGCGACUGAAGCCGAGAAUUGCAUCUGCAUUUACCUGCAAGCAGCUCUGCCCACAGGACCACAAGCAGCAUACACAAUGGGCCACGGAGCCUGAACCUACAGACAAGCGUCGGACCCUCUGAAAAGCCCCUGCUUACCCACCCAUGGAUCAAGCCUGGUUCCAUGACUUCCUUCACGGGCGGGGAGCCCCCAAAGUUGAAACCUGCCGGCAGCGAGGUAAUCGUUAUACCACCCGAACAGAAGCAGACACCAAACGCCAGGGGGAUGAAGGAGCAGACCACAGCCAGCAAACGCUGCAGAUCUACCAAUAAAUACACCCAAGAGGUUGCAGGAUCGGACGGAACGGGCGACACACAGCUGCAUCGACCAACACGAGGGGCACACACAGCCACAAAAAGGCAUCGGCUGACCUUGGACUUAUUACCAGGCAUAGUAACCACUGUCACUCAGCCUCCUAUGCCCCAAACGAACUCUCAUGAACCUCAACCACUGUUAAUCUGCCUAACAUGCUCUAUAAUCGGUGAACUAGAUAAGUCUGCUCAUAGAUAUGAACGUUAAACUCACAAUUUGCCUAACAUGUAGUAUAACAUAGGGACCAUGCAAGCUCCUUCCCCGGGCGGUGCACCUCUGAGGGCAUACCAGCAUAUUUAACUGACACCCUCCCUGCUGCUGCAGAUGUAUCCCGGCUGAGAUGGGCAUAACAGUGCAACCAUUAGUUUAUACCCUGUUAGCCUGUUAUGCGCCCACACCGAACAUAAGGCCCAGCGGCUACCCUGCCAAACUAUUAAUCACAGUUUAGCAUGUUACUUUAUUUUGUAUCAUUAUAAUCGACUAAGUUAAUGUCAGGCCAUAUAGAAUGUCUUAGCCAGCCUAAAUAUUUUCUUGUUAAGCGACAUUAUACGCAUUGGCAUUGUUUAUUAUAACGAACCCAACGAAACACAAAUUUAAGCCAGUUUAACUUUAAACUUAUUCCCGAAGUGUCUAAGCCUGUUCAAACUUUAACAAGUUGUCAAAUCUGAUGGUUAACCUUUUAUUAACAAUUUUAUUUCGUAUCAUGACAAUACCUAAGCAACGUAAAAUCAUACUGUGAUGAGACCAAUCUCGCCACAUUGCAUUGGAGAAGCCUGGUUGCUCGCCUGUUGCCUUUGGAUUAUGGCCCCAUGUUAAAAGGCUUGAUUUUCCCCUGCAAAGACAUGAAAGCCGGGUCAUUUGGUGCUUGCCCUGUUUAAACGGUGAUACCCCAGAUAGCUAUGCCAUGGAGCCCAUUCGUAUAAUGAAAGACUAUGGGAAAGACUUUGGCUCCAUGGCAAUUGAACUGUAUGUGGGUGCUCUGAGCGCCAUUCAGUAAUAAUGUGCGCUUAGAUCUGAGCUAUCUGGGGAUAUGUUGAAUGUACCUGUUUUGUGCAAUGGCUGCACAGUUAUAUGUUUUUAUGUGUUUUAUUGUCUUUUGCUGCCAUGUGUUCAGUGGAGUUUUGCCUCUGUCUUUGGAGAUAAUUGGAUUACUUCCCAAUUAUCUCCAGGAUAGAAGUGUCUGAGUGUCUGAGUGUAUUGUAUGUGUUUAUUGGUUGUGUUCCAAAACCCUGUGGGUGGUACUAAUGUGUAAGAAUGUGUACAUAAGCACAAUAAACCCACAGCUCUGACUGUUCACUGCUUGACCCUCAACACGGAGCUUUGUCUCGUUCUUGGGGGGAUUUAUUGAAUGCUGUUCCAGUUUGACUGCUAGGAGUGUAAACCUAUUUGUAUGGUUUUUCCUAUUCGGCUGUUUACGGCAUUCAUAUGGUUUCCUGUUCGGCGGAUUGGUGUUCUGCAGUAGCUGUGCCUGUGUCUCUGGAAGGGAAGAUCUACUAAACGGCGGUUUAACCCUUGUAUGUCUGGGGGUGCCAUUACACAUACUGUUUAUAGCCCAAAAAUGUGCUUGUUCUACCAUGUACCUCUAUGUUCCACUCUUUUAAUGCGCUGGAGGAUUGCCUUUGGGGUACCUCACAAGCGAAUGUUAUAAGCCUACGCACAACAAAAAUAAAGAAUAAAAAAAAAAAAAG